AGUACAAUAUAUAUUUCUCUCGCUUCCUCAUUGUUGUUUUUAUUUUUUCAACAAAAAAAAAAAAAAAAGAUAAUAUAAAAAAACCCCCUCAAAAAUUGACAUUGAGCUUUGUUUACUUUUUUAUCAGCUGAGAUUUGAUAACGUGCUUUAAAUUAUUUUUAAAACAGUGUAUUGUGGUUUUAAUAAAAAUAAAAAAAAGACAAAACAAUUAGUGAGAACGUGCGUAGUACUCCGAGACAUUCACGAGUGUUGAUGAGAAUGAGAAAAUGGUGACCAUAGCUACAUUUGGAGUAUUAUUUUUUUUAGUAAAAAUAUAAGAUUAAAAAUCAAUGUGAAUGGGCAAUAAUCAACGAGGAAACAAAAAAAUUGGAUUAUAAUUUUGCUGUAGUCAUGGCAAACAUAGCAUUUAAUAAUUUAUUUUAUUUUAAUAAACGUAAACAAUUAAAUUCAAUAAAUAAUGAUAAAACUGAUGAUGAUGGUGGUGAUAAGUUAAGUAAAUUAUUAAAAUUAUGUCGUCCAUUGUCAAUAAUAUUACAUCGUUUGACUGAUGAAGAAAUUGAUCAUUGGCAAGAUUCACAUCGUUAUAAUAAAACAUAUAACAGAAAAUUAUCAUCAAAAUUAAAUGAUGAUAGUGAUGAUAAAUCUAUCAAAACACCAACAUCAUCAUCAUCACCAUCGUCAUCAUCAUUAUCCUUAUCAUCAUCAACAGCAUCAACAGCAUCAACAGCUUCAUCUUUAUCAACAUCAUCAUCAUCCUCUUCGCCAAUAAUCAAAAAAAAUUUCACAAGAAUUAAAGAAAAAAAUAGAAAAAGAAUAUCAAGAUGGGCACGUGGUUUUAUAAAAAAGAAAAUACCUACACGUAAAUCAGUUGCAAGAAAUAGAUUAAUAUCAUCAUCUUCAUCAUCGUCAUCAAAUGUAACAGAUUUAAAUUCAGCAAGUUCAGUAACAUCAACAUCAACGACAUUGUCAUUAAAAAAAGUUAACAAUGAGACUGAAGAAGAUGACAGUGGUAAUGAUAAUACAAUUACCAAUGAAAUAUUAACAAAUAAUAAUAAAGAAAAUAAAAAUGAUAAUGAUGCUGAUGAUCAUUGUGAAUGGAAAUUUAAAAGAAAAUUUAAUACAUUAAUUAAUUCUGAUAGUGAUGAUGUAUCACCAACAGCUUCAUCAAAUAAAAAAGUUAAAAAAUUUCAUCCAAAUAAAUUAUUAUCAACUUCAUCAUCAAAUGAAUCAAUUGACGAGCCAAAUGAUAAUUCAAAUGACAAUAAUAUUAUUAAUUUAAUUGAUAAACAAAAUAAUGUUACAAAUGAUGUUGUUGUUAUUAAAAAGGAAAAUAUUAUUAAUCAUGAAUUAUUAGAUGAAACUUCAAAUGAUUGUCAGAUAAUUGCAGCUGAUAAUAUUGACAAUAAUAAUGUUCAAGAUGACAAUGAUAGCUCAAAAUGUCGUGAUGUAAUUGAAAUUAAUAUUGAAAAUGUUGGAACUGAGGAUAGUAGUAUGAUAACUGAUGAUGAUGAUACUGAUGAUGAUGAUGAUGAUGAUAAUGAAACGAUAAAUGGUGAUGUCCCUGAAAUUGAAAAAACACUUGACAACGAUGAUACCUCGUUACAUGAAAAUAUUAUUAAUAGCAAUGAAAGUAUUUUAAAUAAUAAAACUAGCAAUAUAAAUGAUGAUGAUGAUGAUGAUUUAACAAAAAAUAAUAAUAUCAUUAAUAAUGAUGAUAAUGAGACUGAAUUAGUUAAUGAAUAUUUAACUGAUGAUAAUAGUGAACUCAAAAGACUGUGUGAAAUUAAAAUGGCCAAGGUUGUUUUGCAAAGAGUUGAACCCAAUGAUAUAAUAAAUAAUGAAAAAGAUGAUGAAGAUGAAGAUUUAACUGAUUCAGAUAUUGAUGAAGAAUCAUAUAUUAAUUAUGAACCAGAUAAUAAUUAUGAUAAAAAUAUUGAAACACCAUUAUUAACUGUUAAAUCAAAAGUAAGCAUUGAUAAUUUUAAUAAUGAUAAUUUAUAUAAAAAAAGAUUAUCAAAUAAUCAAACAUCAGCAUCACCAGAUAAUUCAGCAUCAGAUGAUAAUGACAGUGAUUAUGAGCCAUCAUCAUUGUCAAAUGUAUCAGUAACAUCUGAAAAUACAAUAAAUGCUUCCAAAAAAACUACAAGUGAUAAUGACAGUGGUAGUUUUACAUCUGCAAUGUCUUCCAAUGAAUUAUUUAAAAAACUACCAGCCAAUGAAAAUGAUAGAACAAUUGUUAACUCAGAACAAUUAAUAUCUCAUCAAUCGAAAAUUAAUAAAACAGCCAUUGAACAACAAAAUGUAUCAACUAAAAAUACAUUAGAUAAAACAACAAAUAAUACUCAACAAUUUAAUGAUCAAAUUGAAUUAUUAAAUAUACCAAAUAAUACAAUAACAAUACAAGAAAUUGAACAACAAAAAAAUUCAUCGAAAUCACCAAAUAAAAAUAAAACCAGUACAUGUAAUAAAUGCUCAGAAAAUUUAUCAAAUCAUGAUAAUCAUGUAUGUUCAUCACCAGGUUCAUCAAAUACACCAAGUAAAAAUAAUCGUGUUAAAAAAAAUCAACAUUCACCACGUUCAAAUAAAAACAAAUCAAAAAAGAAAAAAGAUAAAAAACUAAAAUGUAAAGUUGAGUGUGACAAUACUUGUCUUGUAUGUACACUAACACUUGAUACACCUGAACAAUUAGCAACACAUUUAUUUAAACAUACAAAAAAAGAAUUACGUGAAUCAUUUAGAAAUAAAAAAUAUGAAUCAAAUGUUCCUUUAUUUUCUGAUGCAAGUACAUCAGAUGAAAGUGAUAAAGAAAUAGAAAGAAUACAAAAAAAUAAUAAUGAUAUUGAUUUAGUUAAUGAAAAAACAGACAAAGUUAAAGUAUGCCAAUGUCAUGAUGUUAAUAAUAAUGAUACGACAAAUGUACAAAUUGAAAUGGUACUUUAUUGUGAAACAUGUAGUGUAUUAUUUAGAAGAAAUGAAUGUUUUGAACUUCAUUAUCGUUACAAUGUAAAAUGUAAUGAAAAUCGUGCAAAAGGUAAAUUACCACAAUUAUUUUGUACAACAUGUUGUAUUGUUUUACGUUCAUUGGGUGAUAUGCGUAAACAUUUGGAGGAUCAUGCAAGUAAAGAUACACAAGGUACUGUUAAUUUUGUUUGUAAUAUAUGUAAAGUUAUAUUUUUUGGUAUUGGUACUGUAUUUUGUACACACUGGUUUAGUCAUGAAAAAGAUCCAAAUUUUGUUGCAAGUCGUUAUUCAUUUCCAAAGCUAUGUGUUAAUGAUAGCAUUAAAUUACCAGAUGGUGCAUAUCCAGAUGAAAAAUAUAUAUCUGUUGCUGAGUAUGUCUGUAAAUAUUGUGGUUCACAAUUUUCAAUGGCAUCUGAAGUAUCAAGACAUAUUGAAAAUGAUGGUUGUCAAGAUAAAAAUAAUAAAAAAAAUAAUACAGAUAAAAAAAUUGAUAAUGUUAAUCAAAAUAAUCUAAUUCCAGUUAUAAUAGCACCAAAAAUUACAAUUUCUACAAGAAGUUCAUUAACUAAUAGAAUAACAACUAAAGCAUUUAAACCAAUUUCACCAGUGCCAUCAGAAACACCAACAAAAACACCAACACCAAUAACAGAAACACCAACAAAAACAACAACAACAAAUGAUAAUAAUUCAAUAAUAAAUAAUAAAAAUAAUAAUUUAAAUAAAUCACCAUCAUCAUCAUCGUCAUCUGGAGCUAAAACAGAUAUGAUUAAAAAAUUUAUAUGUGGUUUUUGUGAUAAAGUAUUUCCACAACAAUCAUUAUUUGAUGAACAUACAUCAGAUCAUUUACAAUCACCUGGUUUUCCUGGUUAUUUAUGUUAUUUUCCAAAAGACAUGAAAGCAGGAUUUGUUUGUAAUGUUUGUCGUGCUGUAUUUACAACAGUUAAUGAAUUAACAAAUCAUUGGAAUACUCAUAAUAUAAUAAAAUUUACAUGUACAGUAUGUGAUGAAAGUUUUUCAUCAAUGUCAGUUUUAUAUCGUCAUGUAUCAAAUAAUUGUUUUAAAUUUGAUGCUGGUUGUCGAAUAACAUAUAAUUUAAAUAAAAAUAUAUGUAAACAUUGUAAAAUUGGACAUAAUACUGUUGAUGAAUUAAAAGAACAUAAAUGCCAUGAUAAAAUUAAUGAUAAAAAAAUUGUUGAAGCUGAAACAACACAGCCAAGUCUUCCAAUUGUUGAAUCAUCAAAAAAUAAUGAUAAAACAAUAACAACAACAACAUCUGUUAGUACAGUUGCUGUUGCUGAUUCAUCACAAUCAAAUGAUGAAGGUCCAUCAAGUACUCAAGAUACAGAAAUUAAUUCUAUUACUAAUAUCAACAAUAACAAUAAUGAUAAUGAUGAUGUUAAUACACAAUCAACAAAUGAAAAAUUAUUAGAAAAACAAUCUGUUAUUACAAAAUCAUCAAUAAAUUCUUCCAUUUCUUUACCAGAAAAAAGUAAAACAAGAGCACUUGAGGAUCCAUCUGUUCAAGUUGUUUUAUCAAAUGCUUCAAGUAGCAAUAUAUCAGCUUCACUUGUUAUUGAUUCACAAACAACAACAUCCAAUAAUAAACCAACUAAAUUUUCAUUAAAAGUUAAUAACAAUAAUAAUAAUGCUGAAAAAAUUAUAAAUAAUGAAACAAUUGAAUAUACAGAUUGUGAUUUAAAUAAUAUUGAUGAUGAAAUGUUACAAAAUUCAAGAAAUGAAAUUGAUGAAAUUAUAAGAAAUACUGUUAUAAGAAAUUCGAUUGAAGAUAAAACAAACGAAUCAUCAAUUAAUGUUAAUAAUGAAAAAAUAAAUGAUGUAAUAAUAUCAUCAAGUGAAUGUGAGAAUAAUAAAACAAUACCAACAGUAGAAAAAUCAAUAACAAAUAAAGAAACUUCCGAAAAAAAUCUUCCAAUUGAUAAUGAUGAUGAU